GUCAUCACUAGUGGACGAUGGACGCUUGUAAACAAACAGGUGACGUCGAAAACAACGCGCCACGUAGCCUCGGUAGCAGAGGUUUCGGUUUCUGGUUUUCGGGUCGUGGAUUUAUUUUUUUUAUUAAUUUCUUCGGUUCAGUUUAAAGCUGUCGGUUACCCCCGGUUGACUGACAUCGUGACGUGUCGAGUAACAGAAGAAAGAAGGAGACAGCCUCGGCUGGAUGAUGCACGCCGCCGCUUGCAGCUAGAAAACUGUCUUUGUUUCAUUUGAGUUUGUGUGGAAAGACAACAUGACAACCCUGACGAGGCAAGACCUCAAUUUUGGACAAGUGGUCGCCGACAUCUUGUGUGAGUUCCUGGAAGUUGCUAUUCAUCUCAUCCUGUAUGUCCGGGAAGUUUAUCCCUCUGGAAUAUUUCAGAAGAGAAAGAAAUACAGUGUACCCGUGCAGAUGUCAUGUCACCCAGAGUUGAAUCAGUAUAUCCAAGACACUCUUCACUGUGUAAAGCCGCUCAUUGAGAAGAAUGAUGCAGAGAAGGUGGUAGUGGUCAUCAUGGACAAAGAGCAUCAUCCGGUAGAGAGAUUUGUGUUUGAGAUUUCCCAACCCACACUGCUGUCCAUCAGCUCGGACACGUUAUUGUCACAUGUGGAGCAGCUGUUGAGGGCGUUCAUCCUGAAGAUCAGUGUGUGCGAUGCUGUUUUAAAUAAUAACCCACCAGGGUGUUCAUUUACAGUCUUAGUACAUACCAGAGAUGCUGCUACACGAAACAUGGAGAAGGUUCAGGUCAUCAAGGAUUUUCCGUGGAUAGUAGCUGAUGAGCAGGAGGUCCACAUGCAGGAACCCAGACUUAUCCCAUUGAAGACCAUGACGUCUGACAUAGUAAAAAUGCAGCUCUACGUGGAAGAGAGAGCCCACAAAACGUAGGUCCUCUCUCUCUGCAGAAAGAAAUGAGCAUUACUGCACCAGGAGCCAAUCUGUGACUCCGAUGAGUCAUUAGCAAAGCGUAUAACAGCCUAUGGGAGCUGAGACAGCCAGCGAGGAACAUGAGUUUUUGUUUAACCAUUGAGGAGAGAGAGAUGUGUAUUUAUGCUGAAGUUGGUGUGAAAGGUUGGACUGAUAACACUGAGCUAACAUUUUAUUCAAAAUCAAAUCUGGCCCAGACUGUUUACUGUCUGCCAAAUGUUAUUCUAUUGUCGUGUGUUGUGUUUAAUUACUUUCAGAUCUGCAGUGUGACAUGCUGAUCAUAAUGUAGUCGUUGGACAAUGACAAUAAAAUAUCUACUCAAAUAUCUACCACCUGCAGCCACACCAGUACAAACCAAUGGUAUCAGGUUAACCCUUAGCUGUGUUGUGUCUUCACUCUGUUUCUCUGUGUAAGGGAAUUGUUUUGCUAAUGCUCCCUGGAGGUUGUCUUUACACUUUCACAGAGAGACCAGAGGUGAGAUCAUCAUCUUCUGUUUUAAAGACAGUUUUUCACACACUGUGAUGUCCCCCUGAGUCAUGGCAGGUCUUUGCAUGCUGUUUUGGGCAGGUUCUUCUGGAAUAAAGGGGAUCUUAAUAUGUUUUCUCAUUUGCAACCAGUGGUAAUGAUGAAGUUCAAAAUGUUGAUGUUGUGAGAGGAACACUUUCAUUUUUAUUGCUGAUAACAACAUGAUUUGAUUUGUGAAAAUUUAUUGAAUUGGAAUAAAACAUUUUUUAACACACAA